UCAUGUUCAUUUUGAAAUAAACGACAUUCUCAUGUUGGCAACACUAAUUUGCACGCUGUGACACCCCAGUGUUAUUUGACGUGCCCGGUCCUCGUGUUUUACAAUUCAACUUUGCCCCGCAAAUUCAGAUUUCUUGAGAAAAGAAACUAAGAGAUCACCUGAGGUAAAAGAAUAAAAAGAGAAGAAAGCGCGAGGAUGUCAACUGAUGCGGAUAUACCGACUUUCAAAUGCGUCCUGGUUGGCGAUGGCGGUACCGGAAAGACCACCUUCGUGAAGCGGCACAUGACGGGUGAGUUCGAGAAGCGGUACGUGGCCACCCUCGGCGUGGAGGUGCACCCCCUCGUCUUUCACACAAACCGCGGCGCUAUCCGCUUCAAUGUGUGGGAUACGGCUGGUCAGGAGAAAUUCGGCGGGCUACGUGAUGGCUACUACAUCCAAGGUCAGUGCGCUAUCAUCAUGUUCGAUGUGACAUCCCGCGUCACCUACAAGAACGUUCCAAACUGGCACCGAGACUUGGUGCGCGUCUGCGAGAACAUCCCCAUCGUGCUCUGUGGCAACAAAGUCGACAUCAAGGAUCGCAAAGUCAAAGCCAAGAGCAUUGUUUUCCACAGGAAGAAGAACCUCCAGUACUACGACAUCUCAGCCAAGUCGAACUACAACUUCGAGAAGCCCUUCCUUUGGCUCGCCCGGAAACUUGUUGGUGAUCCGAAUUUGGAGUUUGUGGCGAUGCCAGCCCUUCUGCCGCCUGAGGUGAAGAUGGAUAAGGCGUGGCAGAUUCAGAUUGAGAAGGAUCUGCAGGAGGCACAGGCUACGGCUCUGCCCGAGGACGAUGAAGACCUGUAGAGCACCAUCUUCGUUUAUUUUUUCUUCUCUGUUUCGUCGCGAUCUUCAUCCCCACCACAACGCGGGAAACUGGACGACGAUUCACAGCUAAUUACAUACAUAAUUUACUCAAAGAAAAUAAAAUAAAAGAGAAAUUAAGAAUAGAACAUUUGGAAAGAAAAAAAAAUAAGAGAAAAUACGGGAUUCAGCAUAGCAGCAGUUUUACGUCCUGCGAGGUUAAUUUAUCUGGCUCUCGGGGGGAAGGGGUUAAUUUUUUUCUUUCUACUUUUCAUUUUUGUUUAAACAUAAUUGUGCGAAAGAUUGAAAUUCAUGAGAGAAAAUAAAAAGAAAUACAUUUGUGAAUUAAUUAAAUUUGUUGUAUUUUCUUUUUUUUUUCAAUUUGUUAGAAUUCUUAUUAGGCCAGAUAAAUAACCUUUGCGCGAUUUUUUUUUGUUUCUUAAACUGGAUGGAAAUGUUUGAGGAGAGCAGUGAGAGAGAGAAAGAAUUGUAAUCUCUAAUUGGCUUUUUUUAUUUAGUUUCUUCCUUAAAAACAAAAUACAUUUCCGUGAAUUCAGA